GCUUAUUAAUGCAUCACUGACACUAGAAGACACAAUUUCAGAAAAAUAAUGUGCAUUUUAAUUUUAUAAAAUUCUAGAUAAUUGAUUUGAAUUUAUUACUUUUUAACCAAUGAUAAGAAUAAGAAUUUACACAUGUAAUACUAAGUUAUGCCAACAGCGUAGCAAAUGUGAGUCAUUGUAUAGAUGUGCAAUAUCAUAUUUUACCCAAGUAGGUAACACUUUAACAGAAGGCUUACAUUUUAGAUAAUAUGUUUGAUAACAUUUUAGUAGACCAUAAUGCUUAUAUUUAGGCUAAGUCAUUUAAAAAAAAUAAAGAUAAAGAUCAGUGAUAAGUGAAAAAUCAUAACUUAUAAUAGAUUUCUGAUAUCAUAUGUCAAAUUUUACAUUUACAAGUAAAAGAAUCCAGAUCAAAGUAUUUUACUAUCAAGACUUGUGAUUUAAAAUGACAAAAGGUUUUCGACCCUCAUUGGUUCCACCAGCAGAUCGACAAGUGAACUUAGAGGAAAGACGACCAUGGUUGUGUGUUGGUUUAAGUGUUGGUGUCACACUCCUUGUUUUUGUUAUAUUUGGGAUGUCAGGUUGGAAUGUAUAUGCGCACAGAUUCAGUAAAAAUGUGAUAAGUCUCCAGUCAGGGGAUGAAGUUGCCAUGAAUGAAAUGUCAAGUGAUAUGUCUGCAACAUUUUGUUCUUCCUAUAAGCUACAAAUUAAAUCAGGAGAAGGAACAGCUUAUUUUCUUCCAGUGCAUGCAGUAGUUAAUAAAACAAACAUAGACUUGAGAAAUAUCUCGAUGCAUUUUAACUCAGAGAUAGAAUAUAACGUAAAAAGUUUUUAUUUGCUAGAAGGAUCUACUAUUGAUGUUGUUGCUUGCAAGAAUAACGAAAUUUCAGAGCGAGAAAAUGCUGAAAUUAUAUUGAUAAAAGGAGCUGAUAACUUCAAAAAGUGGCGUAAAAACCGCUUAUGUCAGUCUUGUACACUACAGAUGGUUUCUGUACCCAAAUGUAAGGAAGAAAUUCAUGAAAAAAAUAGUGGUAGACUUAAUCAAACAAUACUCAGUAAUGAUUAUUAUUAUCUUGUGCUUUUCUGUAAAGUAACAUCCAAGCAUCAUAUGCGAGAACCUGUUAUCAGUUUAAAUGGUUCUUUGAUGCGUACUCACUUCAGUGUGGAAAAUGCUGAAAGACAGUGCACUUUUCCAAGUGAUACUGAGUGCAGGUUUUAUCUUCCAUGGCAAUCAGAAAAAGAUGUUGUUGUCAAGUUUCAAGAUAGAAAAGAAGCAACAGAAGAACAAUUAUUUACUCAAUGUCAACCACGGCUCAUCUUUUGGAUAUGCUUAUUUGGCAUUUUACCAGUUAUUUGUGUUAUCCCAGCUUCAAUACUGUUUGCUUGUUUCCUUUGUAGAAAAACCAAAAGAAAUUUUCUUUCAAUACAGAAACAGGUAAAUAAAAGACACCAUAAAGAGCCUGAUAGAGAAAGAAUUAUUGAAAGUGAAACAAUUGCUGAACAAAAUGAUGGCAUGACAAUUCAGGAUCAAUAAAAAAAAACUUGGAUAUAAAAUAGAUUUUUUGUAAACCAACUGUCAAUGUAAACAUGCAAAAUCCAUGCACCAAUAGUGGUGAAACAACACGCUAGUUUUGGACCUGAUUUAAAGAAAUAUUGUUUACAUAUUUUUUAAUACAAAUUUUGUCACUCUAUAUUUUUACUUUUUAAAAAUGUAUUGUUUGUAAACAGAUUAAUGUCUUCUGCUGUUUUAAAACUUAAAUUCCUUUAUAAACAAUGAAAAGAACUGCAGUGUUUAUUAAUAAAAUAUACUAAUGGUUAAUUUGGAUAUGUAUUUUAUAUAGAUUUCUAUAAAAUAUUUUUUUUAAUUAGUUUUUAUGUGGUACGCCAUAGCCAGAGACUAUAAUACACAACUGUUAACCCAAAAGUUUUGAGUUUGGAUCCUGGAUGUCCAGGAUCCAAAUUUAAACCUUUUAGUGUGGUCAGCACUUUUAGUAUGAUCAGCCACCUUUACUAAACAGGAGUCAUUAAACUUAAGAGCCUGGUCAGCUCACAAAGUUUCAUAUUCAAUGGUAAAAUAAAUAGAUGAGUUUCACUUUCUCUGCAUAUGGACUGAAAGGGGAACUUUCAAUACUUAAACUACAUUAUUAAAAAAAAAAUUUGUAAAUAAUAUUCUAAAC